AUGGGAAGUGAAUACGAAGACGAACUGGAGUUCUUCUCAUUUCUGCCAGGUGACUUUCAUAUGGAACUGUACCAGGGAAUGAGCCGUAUUAUAGUGAAUUCCUUGAAUACAACAGAAAAUAUUCGGGGAAGAAUGGAUAAGAUUGAGUCUGCCUUACAGAAGAAUAUGCUUAUUUUUGAGAGAUUCACAUUAAGGAAUAUAUUCACAUUUCCUGAGGACUUCGUAUACAACAGGAAGGAGUCUACUGCUAGUCCUAUUUCACCAGAGGACCUUCGUACAGGAAUUCUUUCACUUGCAAUAAAAAAGGCAGAAAUAUCUGCCUUACAGGAGUCAAUUGAGCAGAAGCAAGCAGCACAGACAGACCUACAAUGCAGAUGGAAUAGUCUUCAGAGUAUCCCUGGUAUGCAGCCUAUCUUAGAUGGUCUCUCAGAGCUAAAUAAUUUAAUGAGGUGCACUAGAGAGAUAAAGAACAAGUACAUUCAAGGUCACUCUGUACCCCAUGGGAAGAGUACUAAGAGAGAACUAGAAGAAGAGAUAAGGAAGAAUGAGUGUGCUGAACUAGAAAGAAGAAUUCCCAUGGGAAUACUAUCUGCCUUAGAGAGUGCACUCUCUGGAUAA